AUGGACGCUGAUCAUGAACUGAAAACGGAUCUUUCUCGUAGAGAGAUUCGAGUGCUUUUACUUCAUGAAUUCCGUCUGGGCCGCAAAGCAACGGAAGCAGCCAACAACAUAUGCAGCACGGUGCGCGAGGAUAUACUCUCUAUUCGUACGGCACAACACUGGUUCAAUCGCUUUAAGAACGGUAACUUAGAACUCGACGAUUUACCUCGACCCGGUAAGCCACUGCAAGUGGAUGUGGAUCUCUUAAAGCAGCUUAUCGAACAAGAUCUUCGAUUGACUUCACGAUGCUUAGCAGAACAGCUUGGGUGCUCUCAUACUGCGGUAGAAAAACAUCCGAACGAAUUAGGCAAAAAAUGGAGAUAUGGAGUUUGGAUAUCCCAUGAGUUAUCACCACAUCAGCUUCAACACAGGGUUGAUGCUUGUAUGGAUUUAAUGACAUCUCACCACAACUAUCAAUGGCUCCGCAAUCUUAUCACCGGCGAUGAGAAGUAG